AUGAAUAACACUGCGAAAAUAUUCGUUCAACCUUGUUCAUUAUCUACGUCUGUCGCAUCUAAUUUAUUCAGUGCGCACGUAUAUGUUCCAACGGAAGGCAUUUAUGCAUAUCCCCAUAAAUUACAAGUAGAAUUAUGGUCCACCCUAACGUCUCCAGACUGGAACGCCGUAGCUUUCCAGGAAGACACAAAACGACAAGUAUUCGGUCGCUCUAAUGGCACUAAAUUUCGUGUAUUCAAGUUAGAAUAUCCUUUGGAUAACAUCAAACCUGGAUGGUAUGAGUUUACAUAUCGCAUAAGGACGUCAGCCACACCAUAUGCCGACUGGACGUGGCUGAAUGAGCAUGGAGGAUGCAACGGUCGAUUAUACGUGACUGGUCAGAGUGAUGGACUCGACAUUAAAUCAAGCGAAUUGAGUGAUGUGUUUUAUGAAGUACAGGCACCAGACGAUCAAUAUAGCGCAUCAGAUGCGAAGAUUUGGUACGUUAGAGCAAAUGCAGAGUGGAAUAAUGGACAACCAAGUUACGUCGAUUAUGGACAGAUUAAAAACGCUAUCAGAUAUUUGGGAAUACAACGAGCAGCCACCCAUUGGCUCACACCUUUGACAGGAAUCAACCACCCAAACAUAAAACACAAUGAUAUCCAGUAUCUUCUCGUCCAGCAAGCAUCGGGUCAUUAUGUUGUCUUCAUACCAAUGACACUAGAUCACUGUUCUUCGUCUCUGCGGUCAGAUGACGAGGGUCGUUUGAAAUUGAAAAUACUCAACGAGAAGGGAGAAGAUAGCAGUAUUGGAUUGGUCAUUGGUCGUGGAUACGAUCCGUACACACUCACUAAGACUUGCAUGGAAUACGUGAAGAGAAUACUCGGGCGUAAUUCGGAAACGAAGACGGCGCAUGCCAAAGGACAUGAGGAGUUGUUUUACUACGAUAAAUUGGGUUAUUGUACUUGGGAUGCUUUUCGCGAAAAGGUGAACAGAGAUGAUUUAUUUGCAGCACUACAAUCAUUGCAGAAUGAACACGUCCCAGUAGGAUUUGUUAUUCUCGAUGAUGGAUGGCAGCAGACAUCUCCGGGAAGACAACUAAGAGGAUUCGAAGCAGAUCUUACCAAGUUUCCAGGCGGAUUAAAAGAAUUGGUGACGGUUGCCAAAGAACGAUUUCCAUCACUGGAACAUUUUGGGAUAUGGCACACUAUCUGGGGUUACUGGAAUGGCAUAGAACUUCCUUCCAAACUUCCACAUCUUUACAAAAUGCAAUCAGUCACUCUUUCCUCCACAGACAUUCAUCAGUCAACGACAGCAAGUCUGGUCACUGCUGAAGACGUUGAACUUUUCUAUUCCGACUUUUAUUCUUUCCUAUCCGCACAGGGCAUCAAUCUUGUCAAAGUCGAUGCGCAAGCUAGUUUCGAUCUCAUAUCUGCAGAAGGGAGAGAACACCGUUUAUUAUGGAGAGAUUAUCAAAUCGCUCUAGAUAAAAGUUGCAAGGAGCACAUGAAGAGGGAACAGAUGAUUUAUUGUAUGGCAAUGGACCCGAAAACAAUAUUCUUUUUGCUAAAGGGGGACGAAAAAGAGAUGAAUAAUAAAAAAUGUCAGAAAGUGCUUAGGAAUAGUGAUGAUUUCUCGCCCAACUCUGAUUCUCACGGAUGGCACGUGUACGUGAACACUCUCAAUAACUUAUGGACGAGUACGUUUGACAUUAUUCCAGAUUGGGACAUGUUUCAAUCAAACCACGAGUUUGGUGCAUUCCAUGGUGCAUCACGGGCAAUAAGUGGAGGACCCAUUUACAUUACGGAUCCUCCAAAUAAACACAAUACAUCGGUACUUAGAGCACUGAUUGCAAAGACAAAGCACUCCCAUCGGAUUCUCCGGUGCGACCAUCCAGCUCUACCCAGUCCCUCUUGUAUAUUUGAAGAUGUGACGAAGACAGAUAGAUUACUCAAGACUUCUAAUACGAAUGGUUCGGUCGGAGUUCUUGGACUAUUUAAUUGCAGACCAACGGAACAAUUGGAUACGUUCAGUUUAUCCGAUGUUCCGGGCUUGGCAAAGCCACAGACGACUGCUGACGAUCAGAGCAACGAUUACGCCCUAUUCCUAUUUAACGAUCGUUCGGUACACCAUAUCUCCAGUCACCAAAGUCUGUCCAUAUUUCUUCCUCCAAAUUCGUUUGAACUAGUGACGUUCGCACCAAUCGCUUCCCACAAGUCCUUCCAAAUAUCUUGCUUCGGCCUCAUCGACAAAUACAAUGGAUCACGUGCUAUAAUAAACGCUGGUUUUCACACCGAUUUCGCCAACAUCAGUCAUCGAAAAAAGAAGAUUCUUGUGUAUAGGAUAGUAUUGGCGGCAUAUGGCGAGCUGGGUUUAUACUUGGAAUCGCCGAAUUUGAGCAGAGGAAGCAGAUUUAAGGUUUUCCUGGGAAGUAAAAUGAUGAAGGAGGGUGAUGUUGUAUUUGACUAUGAAAGUGGGUUCUUGAAAAUUAUAAUAGAUGAUGGGAACGCGAAUGAGAAUGAUGCAGAGAGUAUUGAAGUGUUUCUACAGAUUUUAGUAUAA